UUCCUUAAAGACAUCACGACCAGUCAACAUGCCAGAACAACUUGUGCUCCGUGCAACUCUCGAAGGUCACUCUGGAUGGGUUACUUCCCUUUCCACUGCUCCUGAGAACCCUGACAUUCUUCUUUCCGGUUCUCGUGACAAAUCCAUCAUCUUGUGGAACUUGGUCCGUGAUGACAUGAACUAUGGUAUCGCCCAGAGACGUUUGACCGGCCACAGUCACUUUGUUUCCGACUGUGCUCUCUCCUUCGACAGUCACUAUGCCUUGUCUGCCUCCUGGGAUAAGACUAUCCGUUUGUGGGAUCUUGAAAAGGGUGAAUGCACCCACCAAUUCGUUGGUCACAACAGUGAUGUCUUGUCCGUUUCCAUCUCCCCUGACAACCGCCAGGUUGUUUCUGGUUCUCGUGACAAGACCAUCAAGAUCUGGAACAUCAUCGGUAACUGCAAGUACACCAUUACCGACGGUGGUCACUCUGACUGGGUUUCUUGCGUUCGCUUCUCUCCUAACCCUGAUAACCUCACCUUCGUCUCUGCUGGUUGGGACAAGGCUGUUAAGGUUUGGGACUUGGAGUCUUUCUCUCUCCGUACUUCUCACUACGGUCACACCGGCUACGUUUCUGCCGUCACUAUCUCCCCUGAUGGCUCUCUUUGCGCUUCCGGUGGUAGAGACGGUACUUUGAUGCUCUGGGAUCUUAACGAAUCCACUCACCUCUACUCUUUGGAAGCUAAGGCUAACAUCAAUGCCCUUGUCUUCUCUCCUAACCGCUACUGGCUUUGCGCUGCUACCGGCUCUUCUAUCCGUAUCUUCGAUUUGGAAACUCAAGAGAAGGUUGAUGAGCUUACUGUCGACUUCGUCGGUGUCGGUAAGAAGAGUUCCGAGCCUGAGUGUGUUUCUCUUACCUGGUCCCCUGAUGGCCAAACUUUGUUCUCUGGCUGGACCGACAAUGUUAUUCGUGUUUGGCAAGUUACCAAGUAAAAAUAAGAUCCUAAUUGUUGUCCCAUUUGGCGAAAUUAAAUAAUGUUUAGUGGCUUUAGGAAGGAUCAUUUAAAGUAUGAAUCGAUUAGAUUCCACCAUUUAUCUUUAUAUUAUAGCGGUUUAGUUUUGGCUUAUAAGUAUUGGCUUCUUUUGGUUGUAAUUCCUUUGGUAUGGAUAUGUAGGCACAUCGAGGAUUAAUAUAUUAAGAUGUUCAUUGAAACGGUC